AGACUUCAUUAGGAAAUGAUUGAUCAGCUUCUUCUUUCUCUGCAGGAACAAGAAGUUCUCUCUGCUGGCGGGAAGCAACCUGAUCAUCAGAACCGUCACGGACGACGACUCCGGCUCCUACAGCUGCACGGCGUCCAACAAGAACCAGAACAUCACGGCGCAGGCGGAACUCAGCGUCCUAGUUCCGCCUCAGUUCCUGAACUACCCGACCAACACCUUCGCCUACGAGUCCACCGACAUCGAGCUGGAGUGCGCCGUGACGGGAAACCCGCUGCCGGCCGUCCGCUGGAUGAAAAACGGGGAGGAGGUCAUUCCCAGCGACUACUUCCAGAUCGUGUGUCCCCCAGCCCAGGCGUUGCCCUCCCCUCUGCCCCCCGGGACCUGGUCCCUGUCCUAGUGUCCAGCCGCUUCGUCCGGCUCAGCUGGCGCGCCCCAGAGGAGAGCGGCGGAGGCGUGCAGACCUACGGCGUUUACUAUUCCCAGGAUGGAGUUGACAGAGAGAGGUCAGUGAACGUGUCGGAGCCAGAGUCCCUGGAGCUGACAGUUUCCAACCUGAAGCCAGAGGAGACCUACCGCUUCAGAGUGGUCGCCUACAACGAGGCGGGGCCUGGAGAGAGCUCCACCCCCCUAAAGAUCGCCACCCAACCCGACCUCCAGGUCCCCAGCCGGGUGGAGUCUCUGCGAGCCCUGGCUCUGUCCCCGACCGCCAUCCAGGUGAGCUGGGAGCCUCCAAGCCUUCCAAACGGACCCAUCCUGGGCUACAGACUGCUGUGGACCGAGAGCCCGUCUGGAAAGGAACAGAGUGUGGAGGUCAGCGGACUCAACUACAAGAUGGAUGGACUCAACAAGUUCACCGAAUACACGGUCCGGGUUCUGGCGAUCAACCGGUACGGACCGGGAACCGCCUCUGAGACCGUCAGAGUGACCACCCACUCAGACGCUCCCAGCGCUCCUCCUCAGAACAUCAGCCUGGAGGUGGUCCUGUCCAGGAGCAUCAAGGUGUCAUGGCAGCCGCCCCCGCGCAGCUCCCAGAACGGCAUCAUCACGGCGUACAAGAUCAGAUACAGGAAGACUGGUCGCCGUGGAGACCAGGAGGCCAUUGAACCCAACAACUUCUGGUACCUGUUCACAGGUGACACUGCAGCUCAUCUCUUCUCACUAAUCUGA